AAAGAAAAGCCAAAUCUACUUCUUCGGGCUGCUCCUAUGUAAAGUCAGCAACCUCACUCUCCAUCUUCCUCACUGCAAAGCUAAGCUCGCCCUUCCGCUCAACGACGCCGUCUUACAGCAUGGCUCUUCUGACGUCCUUCAUCGAAGUCCACCCGUGCUCUCACUUCCCCAUCCAGAACCUCCCGUACGGCGUCUUCAAGCCCCAACCGGGUUCGUCAGCUCGACCGGGCGUGGCCAUCGGCGACUACGUCUUGGACCUCUCCGAAAUCGCCGCCGCCAGGUUAUUCAACGGGCCGAUCCUCGUCAACUCCGAUUGCUUUCAUCAGCCUGAUUUAAACAAGUUCUUGGCGCUUGGACGACCUGCGUGGAAGGAAGCGCGCGCCACCAUUCAGAAGCUGUUGUCAUCUACUGAGCCGACCUUGCGUGACAAUGAAAGUUUAAGGCAGAAAUCACUUCUUCCAUUGAGCAAGGUAGAAAUGGUUCUUCCGAUUACAAUAGGGGACUAUACGGAUUUCUUUUCGUCAAUGCAUCACGCGAAGAAUUGCGGGACCAUAUUUCGCGGGCCACAGAACCCGAUUCCACCAAACUGGUUCCACCUUCCAAUUGCAUAUCAUGGUCGAGCUUCUUCGAUUGUUAUCUCGGGAACGGACAUUAUUCGACCAAGAGGUCAAGCCGCUCCUACUGGAAACUCUCCACCACCUUUUGGUCCUUCGUUGAAACUAGACUUUGAGCUCGAAAUGGCUGCUAUAGUUGGCCCUGGAAAUGAGUUAGGAAAGCCGGUCGAUGUUAAUGAAGCAGCAGAUCACAUCUUUGGACUUGUGUUGAUGAAUGACUGGAGUGCUAGAGAUAUUCAGGCAUGGGAAUAUGUUCCCCUUGGGCCUUUCCUUGGGAAAAGCUUUGGGACUACAAUAUCCCCUUGGAUAGUGACGCUGGAAGCUCUAGAACCUUUUCUUUGUGAUGCUCCCAAGCAGGACCCCCAUCCGUUGCCCUAUCUGGCUGAAAAAAUCUCCCAAAAUUAUGAUAUUUCAUUGGAGGUUCAAAUCAAACCUGCUGGACAAGAUGAGUCGCAUGUGGUCACAAAGAGCAACUUCAAUAAUUUAUACUGGACAUUGACUCAACAGGUAGCCCACCACACUAUCAACGGCUGCAACUUAAGGCCAGGCGAUCUCCUUGGAACAGGGACUAUCAGUGGGCCUGAGCCCGAUUCUCUUGGAUGCUUGUUAGAGUUGACAUGGAAUGGACAAAAGCAGCUGUCAUUAAAUGGGACACCCCGCAAAUUCUUAGAAGAUGGUGAUGAAGUCAUCAUUUCUGGGUUUAGCAAGGGAAAUGGUUACAACGUUGGCUUUGGGACUUGCUCCGGAAAGAUUGUUCCCUCACCUCUUUGAAGGCUUUCUUCUUGGCCUUCAAGUAAUCAGUCAGAGUUCUUGUAUUCCAUUAGCAAACCUCAAUUUCAUAUGUUGUUGGAGCUGUGUACCAUUUACUCUGUAAUUCACUUGGCCUUUGUUGUUUUGUAAUUCUAAACCAUGCGCAAUUCACCUGGCCACCCUUAGUGGAAUAAGACGGCGUUGUUCUGCUUUAUGAUAAUCCCCUACUAUUUACUGUUUA